CCGCCCACACACGCUGAUCCUUCAAAAUCGAUCGCAAGGUAGAGCCGAGUGACAAAAGACUCUCACAUCAAUUCACUUCAGGAUCUCCCUCCGACUACUUUUUCGCACCGAACACACAGUGGAAGAUACUUUGCAACAAACAUGUUCUGGAGCAGAGCGGUGGCGCUCUGUCUGUUAGUGACAGCAGUCGCAGAUUUAUGCUCGGGGUUGAUGCUGGAGAGGCUGCCAAGGCAUAUUCCACGUUCGAAGAUUCGCAUUUCCCAUGAAUCCGCAGAAGAUGAUGAUGUGGCUGAUUCAUAUGAUACGUCCGUAGAGAAAAAGAGAAUCGUUCAAGACCCUAUGUUGACUGAUCAUAUUCAAUCAUCAGGUCAACUAGCUCCAUUCAUCAUGAAGCCGACCUGGAAAGCGAUCUAUCCAUUUUCCCAGAAUAAACGGGUCACUCGAAGUCACAAAAAGCGAGAAACCGGCGAUGAAACUGAAAUGAGCGAGCGAGACCAGAAAGAACUAGCCAACAUCCUGAAGGACGACGAUGAAGCCGAAAUGAAUGAGAAGAAAAAGAAGAACGAGAAGAAGGAAGCAUCCAGGCACACCAAAACCAAGCGACAGUCUAGCGAUGAGCCAAUGCCCCAGGAUUUGAAAGAUGCAGAUGCCGAAGAUCAAGAACCUGCACCACCCACUCAGGACUUUCAGGACUGGCUGAGGAGAGAGUACUACAGGAAUAUGGCUAAAUCCUUCGCCUCCAUGCGACGCAAGAGGGAUGGUUCCAGCAGCUACUCCAAGAAGACUGUGAAAAGAGCCAAGAAGAGCAUUCAAACCUCUUCCACUAGCCUAUCUGAGAUCACUGAUAAUCUGAGAAACAUCGAGGACCAACUGUUUCAGGACGCACUGCAGACCAUGCGCGAAGGAGGGGACGACUACGAGGACGACGUCCACAAACAGAAUCGGAUUUUCAAUGACCUCAACCUGGCCUAUGAUUUGGAGACCAUGCGAAAUGCCUUCUUUCGACUGAAGGAGACUCUGGGAAACAUGGAGAAUGAGGGAGAUGAGGAGAUGUAUCACAGUAGCAGCAGGAAACGAAGCAGACAAUGUCCAGCCCUGGACACACUGACCAGUGACUGCUCAACUCUGAGUGACAUCAUGCCUGAUGGCCCGUUGAAACGUUUACUCCUGAGAGCAUGCAACUGGCAUGAAGUGUGCUACACUUGCGGCAAGACCUAUGGCUUAACCUCCGAAUCCUGCGAUGGCAGCUUCAUCGAGCAGACCCAGACCAUUUGUCGAAAUGACGCCCCAUGCGAGAGUACAGCCAGUCUCCUGGUGGUACCCCUGAGACAGAGAAGAGUCUUCUACAAGCGCAGCAAUCCCGACGUCUGCGUGGAAGAGCCUUGCGUCGAGGCCUUCCUGAAGGAAGGGUUGGCUGCCAUGGAAGAAGGCCGCUACGCCCUCAGGGACAACUUCAACGCCAUCCGGCAGGCUUGAAUGUCGUAGUCAACUGUCGUCUUAUGAUUUUUCUGUCUCUAGUGUGGCAGAAGAAAUCUUGCAAGGAUGGAAAGUUGGUACAGCUUGUACCGGUGCCACACUACCUAUGUUGGCCGUAAAUGUGAUUUCUGUCUUUCAAUUUUUCAUUCACUUCCUUUUUGAUGUAAUGUAUUCGUGGUUGAUUAUAAGUAUGAUUUUUUUUCAGUAGAAUUCCUUUCUUAGUGGUGUAAUGUUUAUUGAAGGCAGGCGAGAUGGGGAGAGUGGCUAUAAUGUUAAUUGUUCAUGUAAUGUUAAAUGAUCUAUAAAUGGAUGUUUUAAUGUUCAAUAAAUGUUCUGAAAAACAUUUGUUUGCUAUGUUAGAAUUUUUUAUGUUACCUUUUUGAAUGCGAAAAGUUGUUCCAAUAAAAAAUUUUUUGUUCGAAAA